UUCUCAAACUACUUGGGAAAGGAUUGAAGUUCACAUUACCAAAUACCACAAUUAAUUCCGUAAUAUGGAGAACAAAAUGAGCGCAGUGUUUGUGAUGGGGCUUGUCUUCAUAAGCCUUAUCUCAGUUACAUCUGCUAUUUCUGGAACUGCAACUUACUACACAGUUUACAAACCUUCUGCAUGCUACGGGUACCAAGAUCAGGGAACGAUGAUAGCUGCUGCAAGCGACGCAAUAUAUGCGAACGGAGCUGCAUGUGGUCAAAUGUACAAGAUCUCGUGCACAGGUGCCACCAACCAAGGUGUGCCUCAGCCAUGCAAGGGUGGCAGUGUUACUGUGAAGAUUGUUGAUCGUUGUCCUUCCCCAGGUUGCCAAGCCACCAUUGAUCUCUCCCAAGAAGCUUUCUCUGCAAUCGCUGACCUCAAUGCUGGAAAAAUUCAAAUUGAAUACAACAAGUAA